AUGGCCAUGUACGAGAAUCUCCGAGGUAGCGAUCAGGUCAUAACCCAUGAACGGGGCCUCGGUCAGAUGUUCGAUAUGCGAGGCGGCAUCGAAAAGUUCAUGUCAGAGAAAGGCUUCUAUAUUGGCAAUUAUGCCAUGCUUGUCGAUAUGAUGCACUCAGCAUGCUCCAAUAAGCAACCAUUGUUCACGGAAGUCAAACGGCCAAUACUGAGAGACCCGCAUGUGGGCAUGCGAAAGCAAUACUUCCCACAUUCACCACUUCGUGUCGCUAACAAUCCCGGUUUCAACGCAACAGUCUCCAUUGAAGAGCUUCGUUCGAGUCUGGACGUGCUCAGGGAUGCUUUUGAUGGCUUGGAAAUGCUUUGUAUUGAGGUCUUCGACCCGAACACCGCGACUACGGAAGGACUGCGGUUCCGGCAUCGACGCGAUAAAUUCUGGACGCGACUGCAGGCACGCGACAUAUCUGAGACUGAGCCAAACGAACUUACGACAGAAGGGAAAGUAAAAGAAGCAAUCAGAUUGACCGGGACUAUUCACUGUUGCGCAGUGGUAUCUCAGAUCCAGCAUGAUGACGAGCUGAACAUGCAGUAUGUUUUGCGUCUUCACGAGGUCCUCAAGAAGCUCCAGCUUGAUUUUUGGAAGACAGCACCAUAUCUAUAUCUGUGGAUACUGUUGACGGGUGGAGCAGCUUGUAGUAGACUCCCUGAGCCUCGCGCAUAUUUCGUUAGCGAGAUAGCAAGAGUCGGCAUGUCAAUCGGCUUCUUCGACUGGCAACCCUUCACCCAAAGUAUAAACAACUUCCUUUGGCUGCAAGAAUUCCUACGCAAACGCACCAAACGAUAA